GUAAGUAACAAAACUGAUUCACUAUAGUGGAUGUACAUUGCAUAUAAUAAAAUCAAUUAAUAAAUGGAAAAGUCAUCAAUGGUAUUACAUAAUACAGAGAGUAAUACCACCGACGAGUUGUCUCUCGUAACACUGUUUAUUUUAAUCGAUCCAAUGUUACUGAUGCAUAGAAUUGUAUCUAAAGGUGUGUACAGUCGAUAAAAAGAUCUGACAAAAUGGCGAUCACCAAGUGUUGUGUUUAGUACUGUUCUUACAUUUCAUCUUAAAAAUUAUUGUGACUAUCGUGAUACUCUUCUGUUAAUAUACGAAAAACAGUUAAAAGAUAUAUAAAAAGUUUCAUGAUAAGUUGGACAUACUUAAAUUCAUGAAUAAUUAUAAUAUUCAUAAUAUAAUUUGCAAUGAACAUCAAGUGUUCAAUUUUAAUCAAAUUCAAAUAAAAAGAUAUGCAAAACAUCAUAAGAGAAGAAUAUACAAACUAUGUGAAUGUGUAAUUGGAAGUCAUAAUAAUUUAUAGAUACAACUGUUCUCACUAUGGAGGAUUAUACUCCAAUCGAUGAAGAUUUUCCUGGUCGAUUGUUACAUCAAGCUGCUUUAUGGGACAAUGCAGAAUUAUUAGAAGAUCUUCUACGAGGAGAACAUGCACAAUAUAUAAACAGCCAAGAUUCAUGGGGUAGAACACCAUUACAUACCGCAGCUAUUACAGAAAAUUCAAGAUGUUUGGAUGUAUUACUGUCUGCUGGUGCUAAUCCAAAUAUACCGUGUGGUCCAAGGGGCCAUUACCGAACACCGUUACACAUAUGUGCAGAACAUGGUCAUAGUUCGAAUAUAAAAAAGCUUUUAGAAUUCGAUGCAGAUUUAAUGAUUACAGACAAUAAUGGUGAUAAACCAAUAGAUAUAGUUGAAAAAAAUAAACAGGACGCCUGCAAAAAUUUACUUAAUUCAGCAGCAGAGAAAUAUGAAUUAGCAAAGUUAGCAACACAUGCUUCUUUGCGCGCGACUUGUAUUCAAGGAGAUACUAUAGCAGCUAGGAAUAUUAUUCAGGGACUCACUUCUGACAUUGAAUACAUCAUUAACAUGGCACCAAAUGGUGCAAAUACGUUGCUCUUUAUAGCCUGUGAAAUGGGUCACAAAGAUAUAGUACGUUUGCUUCUAGAUCAUGGUGCAGAUUGCAGAACACAUUCUGUCACCAAGUAUUGUCCACUUUAUAUAGCCUGUUAUAAUGGCAAGGUAGAAAUUGUAGAAUUGCUUCUGCGACACUUUCCUAAACAGGUACAAUCUUUAACAGUGGAAAAAUGGUUACCAAUUCAUGCAGCAGCUAUAAAUGGUCAUUACACAGUCAUUGAUUUGCUAUUAAAAUUUGAAUAUCCACACAAUAUGUAUCAAUGCUACAAAGAUUCUUCUGGAGAAUUUGAAUAUGAAAUGCCAUUUGAUAUUAAUACUCAAGAUGUUACAGGACAGAAUGUUCUCUACAUAUCUAGCAUGCUUGGAAAUAUUAAGAUCAUAGAAUUAUUAUUAAACUAUAAAGUAAAAGCAAGAAAAAUUAAAGAAGAAGAUAUGGGAGUUACUCAGCCACUUCCUACAUCGAAAAGAAAAAUUUCAAGUGGAAUUCAAAGAUUAAUGUCUAGUUUAAAUUUUAGAAGUAAAGCAUUUGAUAAAAAAGACGACAAUAUGAUGUGUCCAUUAAAUUUGGAUUUGUACUGCAACAAUGGUAGUGAAACGGCUUUACACACUGCCGUGAAAAGUAAACACACAGACGUUGUUACUGCUUUAUUAUUAGCAGGUGCCGACCCUAAUUUACCCUUAAAAGUUCCUUGUGAUCAAAAUGAUCCAGAAAGUAAUUUCUCAAGUGCACUGAUUAUAGCUUGUCAACAGCGUGACAUAAGAAUUGCAGACCUUUUAUUGAAACAUGGUGCUGUGGAUAAUACGUGCAAAGCGAUCAAAAUCGCUGCACAAAAUCGAGAUGAACCGCUGACAGCAAAGCUUUUAUCUAUAAAAGCUUACCCAGACUCUGAAUAUAAAAUUAACAAAAAAGCCAUGACUGAAUGUACUCAAACUUCUCACUUUUCAGCGUUAUCUUCUUUUGGAAACGUUACAUAUUCGACGUUAUUUCCAAAUACACCGACAAUGAUAAAUUGGCAUAAUCAACAAUGUCAUCUCUCACAAAUAAGGUCUCAAUGGUUAAUUGAUGCAGUGCUGCACGUGAACAAGAAACUAAGUGCUAAAAAUAACGACUUGGUCUUGUAUGCUAUCACAAGAAUAGACAUUUCUCAUAAUUCUAUUACUUCUGUACCAUCUAUAAUAUUUUAUUUGCAAAGUCUCCGAUACCUCAAUAUGGCUCAAAACAAAAUAGAUACUCUAACUGCUGACCCAAAAAGUCAGAAGGACAAAUUAUGUCCUGCUUUAGAAGAACUUUAUCUUCAGGACAAUCGAUUAGAACAGUUACCUGAAUUUAUAAUGAAUUUACCUGUUUUAGAAAUUAUGGAUGUUUCAAAUAAUAAACUUCAAUGUCUUCCAGAAAAUUUAUGGCGGGCACCAAAAUUAAAAGAAUUGAAUGCAUCAUUUAAUUUAUUAAAAGAUUUGCCCAGUCAAAUAUCACAAAAUAUUUUACGAAAAUCACAACGUGAAGAUGUUUUAAAUCAUAGUCCAAGUAAUCGCAGCUUAGCAUCUCAAUUUGGUAUAUCACGCGAAGAUUCAUUGGAAUUUGAAUCUUUCACGAAAAUAGCAAAUGCACAAAUUAUCGAAAUGAAUCGUCCACACGUUUGGACUCGGUCGGUUCAAGUUUCAGAAAAAAUUUCAGACGACAACGAAAAUGGAGCAAGAUCGGUAUUGUCAUCUUUAAAUUUAGCGCACAAUUUGUUUAAUAGCGUCCCGGUAGCAUUACCAUGCUUAGCUGUUAAUUUGGUAAGAUUGAACAUGGCUUACAAUUCUCUAAGAUCUAUGAGUCACAUAACGUCUUAUCCUGCGAGUUUAAAACAAUUAGACUUAUCUAAUAAUCAAAUUUCUCGAUGGCCUAGCUUACCACAAGUAGAUAGUGCUGAUGCAAUGGAACAAGCAAAUACUGCAUGUUACUGUCCUACUACAAAUGUACAAUCUCCAGUAGUGCCAGGUACUAAUCGACAAACAACAUCUUUACGCGAUGUAGUUUUAAUGUCAGUUUGUACACAUAGGCGUCACUUGAGAUUGGAAAAUUUGAGAACAUUAAUUCUUGCUAACAAUUUGUUAAAUAGAAUUCAAUUAACUUCAAUCGAUGAUGGAGAAAUGCCAGCUCUAGAGGAAGAGAUUGUAGACAAAGAUAUGAAAAUGACUUAUUCCGGUUCAAAAUUGUAUCUACUGUUCCCUAAUGUUAGUAUGUUAGAUGUUAGUAAUAAUAAGUUAAAAGAAAUACCACAGAAUAUUUAUGAGCUUAACAAUCUCUCUGUUUUAAAUAUAAGUGGUAAUCCAGAUAUUGUUGAAUUACCACCACAAAUGGGAUUACUGUCUCGUUUAUGGAAUUUAAAUACUCAAGGUUGUAAAUUACAAGACCCUUUAAAAACAAUGAUUGAAUCCAAAAAAUACAAAACAAUGGAUGUUAUUGGUUACUUGAAAUCAAUUUUAGAAGAUGCUAAACCAUAUGCUCGUAUGAAGUUAAUGAUUGUGGGAAUACAAGGUAUUGGAAAAACAAGUUUGUUAGAACAACUGAGACAGGAAGGUGAAGUUCCAAAUAAAAAAAAGUCUUCUGAACACUGGGCAAAAAGAAUGGGUAAUAAAAAUAUCAAUGCAAAGACUGCAAGAGGAACAACAAUAUCUACUGUUGGUGUUGACAUUGGAGAUUGGAUUUAUGAGAAAAAAAUGAGAGGUCAGUCAUCCCAUGGACCUGUUUACUUCAGGACCUGGGAUUUUGGUGGGCAAAGAGAAUAUUAUGCAACACAUCAGUAUUUUCUGUCUAAGCGUAGCUUGUACUUGGUUGUAUGGAGAAUCACAGAUGGUUUUAAGGGUGUUUCAGAAAUAUUUCAGUGGUUGGUAAAUAUUCAAAGCAGAGCACCUAAUACACCAGUAAUUAUUGUUGGCACUCAUUAUGACAUAUCAAAUGAACACAGUGAAGCAUUACAACAAUAUAUUCGUGAUAAAUUUAUAAAUGUUGUUGAUGCUGAAAAAUGUGGUUUACCUAAGGUUAUGGAAACUAUAGAAGUGAGCUGUAAAACAAGACACAACAUAAAAAUGUUGUGUAAUUUGAUUUAUGAUGUUGUUUUCAGUUUAAGAUCACCUGGCAGCAAAGAGUUAUUACUUGAGCAAAAAGUUCCUUCCAGCUACCUCGCCUUGGAAGAUGUUGUGAUACAACUUGCAUACGAUAGAAAAUUAUCAGGCGCAGAUCCAGUUUUAAAGGCUGAUCAAUACUAUACAGCAGUAAAUAAUGAAUUACAAAAACUGCAUCGAUCAUUCAGAGAUCCCGCAGAACUACAUCAAGCAACGCUUUUUCUCCAUGAAAAUGGGAUUAUUUUGCACUACGAUGAUGCUACCUUGAAAGAUUUAUACUUUCUUGAUCCUCAAUGGCUUUGCGAUAUGCUAGCGCAUGUAGUUACUAUACGCGAAAUUAAUCCAUUUGCUAGAUCUGGCGUAAUGAAAUUAGAUGAUAUACAGCACGUUUUUAAAUCUUCAACAAUAUCAUCCAUAGACACACAAGGAUAUAUUGUUAAUCUGUUAAAUAAGUUUGAAGUUGCAUUAACUUGGGACUAUCGCACUUUAUUAAUUCCUUCUUUACUGCCAACUGAAGAAGAUCUUUUACGAAAUAAUCAAGUAAUUAAAAUACCAGUGAAAACACGUGGUUGGCACGUACGUUCUAAGAAAAUGACGUCUCCUAUGACAGUAUUUCAACAUUCCUCUGGAGAUAAACCAAACGCUGAAUGUGUACUAACAUCUAGGUCACAACCCGAUUGCUCCGUCACGCGACUUCUUCUGAUGUCUUACUUUCCAAGUGGUUUUUGGUCAAGACUCAUAACUAGAAUAUUAGCUGAUGAUGCUAUUGUUGAAAUUGUAAUGUCAUUUUUGGCACCAUUUAAAGAUUUUGUUGAUGAUAAUAUUUUUAUAAGUUUAUUAGACAGGCCAGCAGAAUGGGUACUUUGGCAAACAGGAAUAGAAUUAAGAUACGCUAAUAUUACUUUACUACGUCUCAAAGAAGUCAAUUACAAUUUAAAAAAUGUACCAUACGAUUAUAGACAAUUUAAAUUUAAAUUAAAACAAGAUGGUAUAUGGUGCACAGUAGAUUUAAAAAAUUCAGCUAUUUUAGAAAUUUGGUUUCCAAUUGAUACAUUAGUAAUUAAGCAGCCGAUAAUGUCUGAUACUGAUGAAGCUGAUGAUGAACCGAUGGGAUAUCAGGCAAUUGUAGUUGAACCUCGUCCGGAAAGUAUGCCACAACUACUAGCUCUAAUAGUCGACCAUAUUGAUAUUUUAUUAGAAGAUUGGUAUCCUACAUUAGGUACACGUUUCGUUCAUACAUCUGAGGGUAAAUUAUUAGUUACCCGUUUAAUACCUUGUCCUCGAUGCUUAUUAAAUAAUGGAGAAAAUGAAAAUGACAUCACCGAUAAUGAUCGGUUAGCAGAAGAUAUUCAACGGUAUUACGUAAAUAAAGAAAGACAAAGUCAAGAUAGUUACAAAUCUGAUGGUGAUAGUGGAGUAGGCUAUGAUAGCUUAACAUCAAGCAGAAUGCCAUCUUUAGAAGGUCACCCAGAUGUGGCUAAACAAAAUGUCCAAUUUGAAGGUAUAUUAGCAUAUUCUUGGAUGGUAGAAGAAUGUAUUCUAUCUGCUUAUAGCAAUAAACCAAUUAGUUGCCCUAAACACUCUGACAUACCAUUAUCACACGUAGCUCCAGAUAUUAUUUUUAUGGAUUUGGGACUGAAACACUUAAUAAAAUCAGAAGACAUUAAACUAGGAAAACUGUUAGGUCGUGGUGCAUUUGGUUUUGUUUUUAAAGGAGUUUGUCGCUUACCUGGAACUUAUCAGAAGACUGAUGUUGCCAUCAAAAUGUUACAACCAGUUCCACCAGGACCAAAUUCGAAACAAUCUGCUGUAUUAGCUUAUAAAGCUGCACAAAGUAAAUGGGAUCGUGAUCCUUUACAAUAUGCUUGUAAAGCUUACUGUACUGCUAGGCAGGAAUUAAAUAUUUUAUUAACACUCAGGCACAUGAAUAUUGUACCAUUAAUUGGUAUAGUAGUUAGUCCUCUUGCACUGGUGUUAGAUUUAGCACCAGAAGGUGCGUUGGAUAAUGUACUAAAAAACUAUAGACGUUCAGGUGCUAAAUUAGAUCCAUAUACAUUACAGGCCAUAAUUCUUCAAGUAGCAAAAGCUGUAGAAUAUCUUCAUCAACAACAUGUAAUUUAUAGAGAUUUAAAAUCAGAAAAUGUUUUAGUUUGGCAAAUGCCUCUACCCUUUCAAGACCAUCCUGAACAUCCUGUGCAUGUUAAAGUAGCUGAUUACGGUAUAUCCAGAUUAACCUUACCAACUGGUGCUAAAGGAUUUGGUGGAACUGAGGGAUUUAUGGCACCUGAAAUUAUCAAGUAUAAUGGUGAAGAAGAGUAUACUGAAAAAGUUGAUUCUUUUUCAUUUGGAAUGUUUAUAUAUGAAUUGAUUACUCUAAGACAACCAUUUGAAGGCCACGAAGCAGUUAAAGAAUGCAUUUUAGAAGGUGGAAGACCACCAUUGACGUAUAGAGAAACAUUUCAUCCUUGCUAUGCUCUUGACUUAAUGGUUAUAUGUUGGGCUCAAAAUCCAAAAGAUCGUCCAACUGCUAGUCAAAUAGUUUCUAUUGCAUCUGCACCUGAAUUUACACAUCUUAUAGAUGUUAUAAUGUUAACAGAAAGAACUCAAGUAACAGCUAUUACCAUGACAAAUAGAACUAUAGAAGAAAAUAUGAAUGGUGAUGAAAUUUGGUUUGGACACAAUAACGGCGAAGUAGAUAUGUUAUUGGGUACACAAAAGGGUUGGUUACAACAUGUUAGAAUUGAAACUCCUAUAAUACCAUAUGCAAUGUGCGGAGUAGAUGGAUAUAUUUGGAUUGGCGAUAAUGCAGGUCAAGUGCAUGUUUAUUUAGGCAGUAAUUUCGGCUGUGUUGCUAGCUAUAAUCUGGAACCUGAUCACAGUAGAGAAUCUAAAGUAGUAGGUUUAAUUUAUUUAGAACAAAUGAAACAGUUCGUGGUUGCAUUGCAUAGUGGAAGAAUAUUUUUAUUAACAAACUCUUUCACUCAAAUGAAAAAAAUGGAAGUUGUCACUGACACACAAGACAAUAUAAAGACAUAUUCUUUGGCAGCUGUUUAUAAAAAGAAACGUAUACUGGAAUUAUGGGUUGGACAAAGUUUUGGUAGAAUAUCAAUCUAUAUAUUAAAAGAUAACAGUUUAAUAGAUACAAUACAGCUUUUUCAUGUUACUGAAGAUGCAGCCAUCAAAAAGUUAUUUGCUACAUAUUUAUUGAGUGCUGAGAAUUCUAUUCUAUCAUACACGUAUCCUGGAUGUAUUGUUUAUCAAUGGGAUGUGGAUACUAGGCAAAUAAUAAAUAAGUUAGAUAUGUCUAAAUUAGUACCUUGUUCGGAAAGUCUCAAGUCCAUUUCUAUAGAGGAGAAUCUAUCAACGGAAAAGUGCCAAGUAACAACAUUUGAAACCUGUAGAAACCAAUUGUAUAUUGGUACAACUUGGGGUUGUAUAGUUGUAGCUGAAUGUAACUCUCUUAGACCAAUUACUGUCUUCAGACCUUUUGAGGGUAAAGUUUGCCAAAUAAUAUCAUUCAAAUCAGCAGACGAAAAGAAAUUGGUAUUAGCAACAGUUGGCCAAGGUUACAGAAGUCUAAUUUCUAGAUAUACAGAUUUCCCAACUGAUUCGUUAGAUGAAGAAGAUCUUAGGCAUAGUAUGUAUGCUCUAUUAUGGAGGUCCGAACAUUGGUCAGCUGCAUAAUUGUAUCUAGUUAAAAACAUAAAAGUGCAAAAAAUAACAGUGAUAUAACUAAUUCACAGUUCUAUACGUCCAUGAUAUUUAGUCCAUAAUUUAAGCUUUCUACCUUUUGUAUAUAAGAUCUCUUGCACUGAAGCUGAAAAUUUGUAUUCUUCAAUCUGACUAAGCUAUAUGGUGCUUAAUUGAAAUAUUUUCUGCAAAAUUGUUAUUUAUAAGCCAGAUGUAGUUUAAGCAGGAUAUUUUUAUUAUUGUGUGAUGCAAUAUAAGAUAGUUUUGUAACUUUACUAUUAUUUUUGUAAAUAUUUAAAUUUGCCAAGAAAUGAUGAAUUCAUUUAAUAUAAAAAAUAGAAAAUGAAUUCAUUAACCUUGCAAUGCAUUUGAAACAUUUAUUUGAUGAUCUCAAAUAUAUCAUUAAACAUUAUGUAUAUUUAAGAUAUUUUAAUGUACGUGCUUUUACAUAAUACAAAAUUAAAUUACAAGUACAAUUAAUGUAGGAAGUCUGUAACAUAUUUGUACAAGUAAUAUUAAAAGUCCUUUUAAUGCAGAAUUAACAAAUGAUCUGAAUAUAAUGAUAAUUGUAAACCAGUUUUAUUAUGAAAAAAUGAUUAAAUUUGUGUGAAAUGAAAUUUUAAUGUAAGUAUAAAAAUGUGAAAGUACAUUUUUUAAUAUCAUUCUUGUGUGAGUAUGUGAAAUGUAUUUGUGAAGUAUGAGUGUAACAUUAUCAAGGAAUAUGGUUAACUGGUAGUUCUUCCACAGUUUCAAUGUUAUGUUUAAGAAUUAGGUCUUGACCUCGAUAUAGAAAAUAUCCUUUAAAUAAUUCUUCUCUUAACAUAUAAGGAAACCAAUAUUCAUCAUCCGGCCACAUUUGUUUAAAUGGAAUAUCUUUUAUAUUAUACCAUUUUGGUCGCAUUUCUAAACAAAAAGAAAUAUCUAAAUGUAAGUAGAAUAUAUUUAUUACCAAUUUAAGUAGAUAAGCAAUAUUUUUUAACUAAACAUCUGGUGUUAAAUACUUUUUUUUAAUUUUCUUACUUUAUUAAAAUAUUUUCAAUUUUUUGACUGAUCUAAAUAAUUUAAAAAAUUCAAGCACUCAUAUGUACUUUUAGAUGUAUAAUUAAAUAAUUAUAACAAAAAAUAAAAUUGGAUAUAAUAUAUAUUAUUAAUAUUAAGAAUUGAUACUUCUAUAGUGAUGUAACAUUUUGUUUAAUUGGAUUCUCAAUAUGUAGAAAUUAAAUACCUUCGGAUUCUGUUAUUUCUCCAGAAUAUUGAUAUGUCUCAAAGACAUGAACUUCCAAUAAUGUAUUGUUUCCUUCAAACUCAAAUUCUAAAAUACCAAUUUUUCUUAAAUCCUCUGCAGAUAAACCACAUUCUUCUUUUAACUCACUGUAAAAUUGUAAAGGAAGAACUUGAAAUACUAGAUUUCUUGUAUAUUAUAUUAUUACUGCACAUGUAUUACUUUUAGUUCAACAAUUUUUAUUGUUAUUCUCAUUAUUUAAAUCUAAUGAUUUAAUGUAAACUAUACAUACAUCCAAGAAUAUUCAUAAAAAAUAAUAAAUUUACUAAUUUAUAUCACAUUGUUCCUGUACUUGUAUAAUUACAUUAUUAAAUAUACUUUGAAAAGCUCACGUAUACAAAUUUU